AUCCUCCACUUUCCUCCUCCUCCCACCUAGCCUGAGCUGACUCCAUCUUGGUCGACUCUCUAGCCUGUCUGUUUAUCACUCUCUCCAUUCCUUCCCCCCUCUCUCUCUCCCUCCUCCUCCUCUCGUCAUUGUCCGUAAUAGACGACGCGGCGGCAGCAAGCAGCAACGUGCGGCGGCGGCAGCAGCAAGCAGCUCGUUCUCUUUAUAAACCCCUCUGCAUUGCCCGGAUGUGAAUGGAUUACAAUGUAUCUUUCAGGGAAACGUAUUAUUACCAAUGUCUCCAUGGGGGAGUCACUGAUGAUGAUGAGGAGAGAGCUGUAAACUUGGAACAAGUUUAAGACUUUAAAAAAAAACCAACAAAAACCAACAACACAAAAAACACCAACCGAGGAAGGACAGAGGGAACAACACAUCCCGCCACCACCAAGAUUUUGAAGAGUUUGUGAAUAACCAUGUGUUUAUAAAAACAAAAGAGGGAAAAGUUACUUGGAUUUUCUUUUUUUUUGGCUGGCUUUUAUUUUUGUUCUGUUUUGGGUGGGGAGAUUUUGGGACACUUGUUUCGUGGUGGUGAAUCAAAAAAACAAAAAACAAACAAACAAACAAACAAAAAAACAAAGCCAGGUGUAGUGUUCGUUUAAAUCGGGGAAUAACCCUGGACCAGGACUGAGAACCAGUUAAAGUACUUUUUGUUGUUGUUUUUGUGUUUUUGGGGGGUCAAACCUAUGUGAGCUAAUAAAGCACUUUCGCAGAAGAUUUCUCUCUUUAAAAUAGAUACAUAUUUCCUUGGACUAUUGUGAACAGAUUUGUGACCAUUAAGAUGUUUUCACCUCCUGUGAGCAGUGGGAAAAAUGGACCAACUUCUUUGGCAAGUGGACAUUUUACUGGCUCAACUAUCGAUUGGUGGAUUGGGCACAGAUGAAUUAAAACAAGCACCUAGAGUGAGCCAUUUUUUUUUUUUUUUUUGGAUCUGUGUAAUGUUCCAAAGUGGCAGCUACAGCAUCUCCCUAAUAAAAACAGAUAUAGAAGACAGAACUAGCUCAGGGUCCUGGGGGAAUGGAGGACAUCCUAGUCCAUCCAGGAACUAUGGAGAUGGGACUCACUAUGAUCACAUGGCAAGCAGGGACCUUGGGUCACAUGACAAUCUCUCUCCUCCUUUUGUCAAUUCCAGAAUACAAAGUAAAACUGAAAGGGGGUCAUAUUCAUCAUAUGGAAGAGACUCAAAUUUACAGGGUUGCCACCAGCAAAGUCUCCUUGGAGGUGACAUGGAUAUUGGCAACCCAGGAGCUCUCUCACCCACCAAACCUGGCUCUCAGUACUAUCAGUAUUCUAGCAAUAACCCCCGAAGGAGGCCUCUUCACAGUACUUCUAUGGAAGUACAAACAAAGAAAGUUCGAAAAGUUCCUCCAGGUUUACCAUCAUCGAUUCAGCAGAAAAGCCACAGACUGAAUAAGCGUGAAACUGAACGGCGAGACUGGUGCUUCCAGGUUUAUGCCCCGUCAGCAAGCACUGCUGACUACAAUAGGGAUUCACCAGGUUAUCCAUCCUCAAAACCAGCAGCCAGCACUUUUCCUAGCUCCUUCUUCAUGCAAGAUGGUCAUCACAGCAGUGACCCAUGGAGCUCCUCCAGUGGGAUGAAUCAGCCUGGUUAUGGAGGAAUGUUGGGCAAUUCUUCUCAUAUUCCACAGUCUAGCAGCUACUGCAGCCUGCAUCCACAUGACCGUUUGAGCUACCCAUCACACUCCUCAGCAGACAUCAAUUCCAGUCUUCCUCCGAUGUCCACUUUCCACCGUAGUGGUACAAAUCAUUACAAUGCUUCUUCCUGCACGCCACCUGCUAAUGGAACAGACAGUAUAAUGGCAAACAGAGGAAGUGGGGCAGCAGGCAGCUCACAGACUGGUGAUGCACUGGGGAAAGCACUUGCCUCUAUCUAUUCUCCAGAUCACACCAACAACAGCUUUUCAUCAAAUCCUUCAACUCCUGUUGGUUCUCCCCCUUCUCUCUCAGCAGGCACAGCUGUUUGGUCUAGAAAUGGAGGGCAAGCAUCAUCAUCUCCCAAUUAUGAAGGUCCCUUACACUCUUUGCAAAGCCGGAUUGAAGACCGUUUGGAAAGACUGGACGAUGCUAUUCAUGUUCUCCGGAACCACGCAGUGGGGCCUUCAACAGCCAUGCCUGGUAGUCAUAGCGACAUGCAUGGAUUAAUAGGGCCUUCUCACAAUGGAGCAAUGGGAGGUCUUGGGUCAGGAUAUGGGACAGGCCUUCUUUCAGCCAAUAGACAUUCACUAAUGGUUGGAGCUCAUCGUGAAGAUGGUGUCGGUCUGCGUGGCAGCCAUUCGCUUGUGCCAAAUCAGGUUCCAGUUCCACAGCUGCCAGUUCAGUCUGCUACUUCCCCUGAUUUAAAUCCACCCCAAGAUCCAUACAGGGGUAUGCCAACUGGACUGCAAGGGCAGAGUGUAUCUUCAGGCAGCUCUGAAAUCAAAUCUGAUGACGAGGGAGAUGAAAACCUCCAGGACACAAAGUCUUCUGAGGACAAGAAACUAGACGAUGACAAGAAGGAUAUCAAAUCAAUUACUAGGUCAAGAUCUAGCAAUAAUGACGAUGAAGACCUUACACCAGAGCAGAAGGCAGAGCGAGAGAAGGAAAGGAGAAUGGCCAACAAUGCUCGUGAGCGCCUACGCGUGCGUGACAUUAAUGAGGCUUUCAAGGAGUUGGGCCGGAUGGUACAACUCCAUCUGAAGAGUGACAAGCCCCAAACCAAACUCCUGAUUCUACACCAGGCUGUGGCUGUCAUCCUCAGCUUAGAACAGCAAGUCAGAGAAAGGAAUCUGAACCCUAAAGCAGCAUGUCUGAAAAGAAGGGAAGAAGAGAAAGUGUCUUCAGAUCCCCCUCCACUUUCCUUGGCAGGACCCCAUCCUGGGAUGGGAGAUGCAUCCAAUCAUAUGGGACAGAUGUAAAAAGGUCCAAGUUGCCACAUUUCUUCAUUUAAACAAGAGACCACUUCCUUAACAGCUGUAUUAUCUUAAUCCCACAUAAACACUUCUCCUUAACCCCUUUUUUGUAAUAUAAGACAAGUCUGAGUAGUUAAGAAUCACAGACGCAAGAGAUUUCAGCAUUCCCGAUUAUUAAACAAAAGCAAAAAGUGCAACUUGAGGGACGACUCUCUUUAACAUAUCAUUCAGAAUGUUUAAAGCAGUAUGUUACGAGCUGUAAAUGCACAGCCUAGAGACUGAAUGGCAAUCUUCUCCACACUGUGGGACAAUGCAUUUGUGCCUAAACUUCUUUUGGAAAAAAAAAUAUAAUUAAUUUGUAAGUCUGAAAAAAAAUAUUUAAUUUAAAAUUGUAAACUUGCAAUAAUGAAAAAGUGUACUUCUGAAGAAAAAAAUGAACGUUUUUGUUGGUGUGCUAGACAGCUAGUGUUUAUACUUACUGGAUAUUAAAAGGGAAGCUUUGCUGCCCAGAUAUUUACAAAACCAGCAAACGUCCUAAUGAAAACUGAAGUGAUGACAUUAGCCAUUCCUUAGGGUAGGAGGAACAGAUGGAUCUUAUAGACCUAUGACAAAUAUAUAUAUAUAAAUAUAUAUAUAAAUAUAUAUUAAAAAUUUAGUGAAUAUGGUAAGCUUUUGUUCAUUUGUUUCAGACUUUUUUGCUCCUGUAAAAAAAUAGUACUGAUUAACUUUUUUAAAAAGAAGAUUUUACUGUAAAUAAGGAUUUUUCGGUCUUAUUUCUGUCCCACUCCCCUGUUUUUGUUAUUGUAACCUGUAGUGCCAACUCUGUCUCUGGAGGGGUAGUGCAGGCUGAAAUGCUGACCCUGACGUUGCUUCUCAUUCAUAAGUAGGUAGAGAGUUGUUUCUCCAGUCUUUUAGGAACACAGGACUUUAAAGUCGCAUCAUGUGUAGAUAUUACAGGCUGCAUUACUGAGACGUGGCAAAAUGAGUUUGUCUGAAUCGUAAUGUUGCUCUUGUUGACCCUAUUUUGGGAUUUUCAGAGGUACAAGGUUAGAAUGCUACAAUGUUACCACUGUGCCUUCCAAUGUUUAUAUCAUCAGAAACAUUACAUAAUCAAAGUGGCUGUGAUUUAACAAACCAGUUAAAGUGUUACCUGUGUGUGUAGCCUAAAUAGUGUGCAGUGAGGCGUUUCUGAAUACACGGUCAGAUUUUUGGGGGGGGAAAAACCAUCAAUUGGGAAAAUUGCAAGCAGUGUGACAGAUUUGAUUGACUUUCUUUUUUCAUUCUUUUCUUGUUUUCAAGUGGAUUACUUAAAUGUAGACCACUUGCUGCCUCCUCCUUCAUUUGCAAAAUGCCAAUAUUCAGUCAUCAUGCAACAUUAUAACAAGCCUUAUGAGUCCUAAAGCAUUAAGUUGCACUUUCUUGAGGAGGGGGUGGGUGGGUAGUACAGUAUUUCUCUGGCCAGUAUGAAUGAAGUUUUUACUUAACAUAUUUAAUAGUAACAUAGAUCAAACUAUGGCACAGCAACUCAUCAGACAACUAGCUUUGAAGUCUGGGCACAACUGAACCAACUUCCAUAGUGAAUCUUAUAAUGAUUGACUUUGGUGUACAGUACAAUUAACAGAUAGUGCUCCUAGUUAAGUAUUUGUCAGCAUCCUUUUGUCUCUAAUUCUAGUUUCUAUUUUUACAGCCACACAAACCUGGCAUGUAUUUUAAAUAAAAUCUCCCUGUUCAAGUAGAUUUUCCACCUAUCAGCACUGAGUAAAUGCCAUAAAUCCAUCAAAAUGGUCUAAAUGUUCCAUCUGUUCUCCUGUUUUGCCAGUUAUAUAGUAAUGAAAAAUACAUUUGUAAAUUUUAUGCAACAAAUGGCAAACGUAUCAUUAUUUUGAAAUUGUGUAUGUAAAAGUUAUAUUUUUACAUGUAGACUCUUGUUAUUAUGUGUUUUAAUACAUUGUAUCAGUUUUUUGUUUAAAAACAAUCUGUGUGGUUGAAAAAAGUCUCAUUUAAAUGAAAUAGUGAGAUACAAGAAUCUGAAUUUUAUGUUUGUUUCUGAAAACGUAAAGAACAAAUAUGAUAGUUAACAUGUGAUCACCUUCUACAUACCCAUAAACAUUUUGAUUAGCUGUGUGCGUGUUGAAAUCUGUAAAUAUGUUCGGUAGUGGGAAAAUUUUAAAUGCUUUCAUUUGUUGAUAAGUUUCUCAAAUGUGGAGGUGGAUUACAUCAUUAGGUAUACACAAUAGAGCAGCAGGCACAAGGGUUAAUUCAGAAUGACAAAUGAAUAUUAUUUUAAAAAUGCUGGUCUUUUAACAGGUCUGGUUUAUAUGAAAAUGGGUGUGAUAAAGAUUAAUCUCACUCAUUGUUAAUGAUAACUUUGCUUUUGAGUGCUGGUAUCCUUAAGGUUUCUCUUUAUCAGUAUCAUAUGCAUUGAUACUGUCUGUGAUAUGAAGAGUGAAACAACAAUGAACAAACCAUAUUUUUUGCAGGAAAGUUAUAACCCAACAGAUCAUAUUCGGUUUUAUUUAUACGUGUACACAUCAGGUUUAGGGAAUGAAAAUAGCCCUUUGACUAUUGGAGAAUUUUAAGAGCUUUGCUUCUGAUAACUAUUAUCAGAAAAUGCAUUAUAAAACCAAAUUAAUGUUUACUCUUAAAAAAUCUGAACAAAAAUAAAUGUUUGCCUUUAUUGACAGUUUUAACAAAAAUUGGAGUGGGGUUUUCUGUGUAUUUUUUAUCUUUACAUUUGUCUCUCACUCCAGUUGAGUAGAAGUUUCAGUUUUUACCCACCAGCUUUGGUGAACUGUAUCACUCAAUAAGCUGAUUUUAUAGCAGACUUCCCUUUUAGGAAUAAAAUAGCCUUUGAAAGGUAAACCUUCAUCCACACUAGGUUUAACUGUGUGGAUGCCUUCAUACCACUCAGAUUCUAGAUAGUCUGAGAUUUAAAAAAAUGAACAAGCAAGUGCAUAGUGUUUGAUUUUUUUUCUUUUCAUUAUUUCCCAUCCCAAGGGAGGAAUUAGUGUCCCACGCUGGAUUUGUCACAGGUAUUUAGCUGAUGAUACUAAGAUUGUAGAAGGCUGUGUAUUAUAUGGUAAUAAACCUGGCUUAGAAACUCUUUAAGAAACACUGACUAAAAUAGCAGCUUUUUAAUAAAUGAUCCACCUCCACAUUCAAGUAAUUUAUGACUAUGCUGAAUAGGGAAUCUGUUCAUCUAGAACUUUUUACCAUUUGUCUUCUGUGUAGCUGCAAGGAACACUAACGUUUAUACAACUGUCAGUCCUACCAGUGAUGCAACUUGUACUGAUUCAGUCUUCCGAUUUUUUGGGGGGAUGGUGGGUGGGAGAGGAUGGGGAGUCAGGGAUAGGAAAGUUUCAUCUUUGUAUCCACCAGGCAGAAUCUGAUCUGUGUCAAGAAGUGAACUAUACAGUAUAUUGCCAGGAAUGAAGAGAUUUCGGCGGAAACAAGCACAAAAAAUAAAAAUUAGUCCACUGGUUGACUGGGGGGGGGAAAGGUGGAAUAUGAUUAAUUCCAACACAUGGGGCACCAUGGCCUUUUGGGGCCUAUCUUUUUGUUUUGUUUAUGUUUUGUUUGUUUUUUAAGGACAUGUUCUUUAUCAUGGGACUUGAAGUUGAUCCAUAUUUGUUCAGUGCUGGUUUGACCAUACUCAUUUCAAGUAUUAUAGACUUAUGUAAUGGUGAAAAUAUAUGAACUGUGGCCUUUUUCAUUCUUGUUACUUGUGAUGCAAUUAAGUGAACAUAAGAAAAAAAAAAACAGCAGAGAUUUACCAUGUAUCAGUGCCUGGCUUUUUGUUAUAAAGCUUCGUUUGUCUAGUGCUCUUUUUGCUAUAAAAUAGACUGUAGUACACCCUAGUAGGAAAAAAACCCCUAAAUUUAAAAAUAAAAAAUAUAUUUGGCUUAUUUUUCACAGGAGCAAUCCUUUUAUACCAUGAAUAUUAUGGAAAAAAAUUGUCAGAUUCUGAAUAUUUCUUCUUUGUAGAUUUUUGGAAUCAUUCUGAGUAAAAGUUUGUUACUUUAUUUUACUAUUUAAAAGAUGUUAUUUUACCAUGUGUUACUGAGAUGAAACUGUAUGGUAGCUUUUUUUUUUUUUAGUUGUAGGUCGCAACAGGGGAAAUUUUGCGACUGUUCACAUAGCUACAACAGUAAAAACAAAACAACAAAAAAAUGGGAAAAAAUGAAAAAAAGGGAAAAAGAUUUUUAAAAAAAGAUAAACAGUUACACCUUGUUUUCAAUGUGUGGCUGAGUGCCUCGAUUUUUUCAUGUUUUUGGUGUAUUUCUGAUUUGUAGAAGUGUCCAAACAGGUUGUGUGCUGGAGUUCCUUCAAGAACAUAAAAAAACAAAACAAAAAAACAAAAAAAAAUACACAGCUUGGUGUAGGCCAUUACCUGUUUCUCAUCUGUAGUUAUUCGAUGCCGUCAUGUACAUGACCGUUCUGUAGCAAUAAAUGUGCCAUUUUUAUAAA